AUGUCUGCCAACGAGAACUCGCCACGGGUGGAGGCGGCCGCUGCCUCCACACCACGGUCGCGGCUGCCGCGGUGGACGCGGCACGAGACGCUGGUCCUGAUCCAGGCGAGGCGCGCCAUGGAGCGGCGCGGCCUGCAGCUGCCGGUGCGGCCGCGGCCCAAGUGGGCGGCGGUGUCGGCCUACUGCGGCCGGCACGGCGUGGAGCGGGGCCCCAUGCAGUGCCGGAAGCGGUGGGGCAACCUGUCCUGGGACCUCAAGAAGAUCGUCGCGUGGGAGGGGAAGGCCGCCGCCGCCGCGCCGCAGCACGAGUCGUUCUGGGACAUGCGCGGCGAGCAGCGGCGCGCCAGGCAGCUGCCGUCGUCCUUCGAUCGCGAGGUGUACAACGCGCUCGUCUGCGGCACGGCUGCGGGCGAGGACGCCGCCGUGCUGCCGGACUUCGGCGAGGAGCUAGACGGGGUGUACGAGCAGCCGCCUAUCAUGGUCAUGCCCAUAUCAGCCAGGAAGUACGAGCCACCACCUGCCUCUUCCGAGCACGAAUGCUCUGAUCCUGUUACAGAGAGUGAGAAGAAGGCCGGCGCGGCGUCGGACAAGAACUCGACAUCGCAGCAGAACGGCGGCGGCGGCGGCGGCGGCUUCAAAGAUAGCGACGCGACCUUCGUAGCCGGAGCGGAGGGCACCACUGCCGCCGCCACGCCGGCGGAGACGGUGAGCAUAGGGAAGCAGGUGGUCGAGGCCCUGGAGAGGGGCAACCGCGCGCUGGCGCAGCAGCUGGAGGCCCAGAAGAUCAACUGGGACGCGGAUAGGGAGCAGAGGACGGCUCUCCUCGCCACCAUGGAUAAGCUCACCGACGCCGUGGCCAGGAUCGCCGACAAGCUGUGAGAUAUACGUCGUCUUCACAGAGAACUUGGACAAGUGCAGCCUGCAUACAUUUACUUUCAGAUACUAGUAACUAGCAAGGUAGCCGGCACAUUUGCACAGUAUAAUUUUUUAUUUAUAAUAUUCCUUUUAUUUUGAAAAACAAGUAUAUUAUCCUCAAUAGCAGAUAUUAGUCUUUAGU